AUCGUUUCCGGUUCAACCCGGGAACGUCCGAGUGUUUGUGGUCCGUGGUUCUCUGACCCGCCUACUCCUCCGACGCUCCUCCUGCCGUCUCAGUCGCUGGGGAAGGUAGUUGCUAAUAAAGUUUUCGUUUUCAGGGCCGCGCAGAUCAGGCAGGGGCCAUCCUCCGGCCCCUUGCUCGUUGCCCGCAGCCCAGUUUGGCUACAGGCAACGAGUAUCAGGGCGUCAUGGCCAGGGCCCACUGCGGCCGCCCGGGUGUCAGGCCGCCUUUCGCUGCCUGCGCGCUCCCGUGGCCUCUGGGUCCGCCGGUUCCUGUCUCGGCUUGAGUGCAGACUCUCCGCUCCCGCGGGCCACCCCGCGUUGGACCUCAUGGCCUCCGAGGCGCCGUCCCCGCCGCCGUCGCCUUCGUUGUCGCUGUCACCGCCCGCCUCCCCCGAGCCUGAGCUGGCCCAGCUGAGGCGGAAAGUGGAAAAGUUGGAACUUGAGCUGCGGAGCUGCAAGCGGCAGGUGCGGGAGAUCGAGAAGCUGUUGCAUCACACAGAGCGGCUGUACCAGAGCGCCGAGAGCAACAACCAGGAGCUCCGCACGCAGGUGGAAGAACUCAGUAAAAUAAUCCAUUGUGGGAGAAAUGAAGAUAAUAAAAAGUCUGAUGUAGAAGUACAAACAGAGAACCAUGUUCCUUGGUCAAUCUCAGAUUAUUAUUAUCAGACAUACUAUAAUGAUGUUAGUCUUCCAAAUAAGGAGACUGACCUCUCAGUUCAGCAAGGUCAGGAUAACGAAGUUCCUACUUUUAAUCCUAAAGACCAGUCACAAAUAGAAAAUGAUGCUUACACUGGUGCUGAUAUAACAGAAAAUGUUAAAUGUGGACAAGAGGACCAUUUCACCUCAAAUUUACAGGAGUCAGCAUCUGUAUUAGCAACAGAAGGUACAUCCUUAGAAGGUUCAUCAUUAGCUGAAAGUUUGAGAGCUGCAGCAGAAGCUGCUGUAUCACAGACUGGAUUUAGUUAUGAUGAAAAUACUGGACUGUAUUUUGACCACAGCACUGGUUUCUAUUAUGAUUCUGAAAAUCAGCUAUAUUAUGAUCCUUCUACUGGAAUUUAUUACUACUGUGAUGUGGAAAGUGGUCGAUAUCAGUUUCAUUCUCGGGUAGAUUUGCAACCUUAUCAGACUUCUAGCACUAAACAAAGUAAAGAUAAAAAAUUGAAGAAGAAAAGAAAGGACCCAGAUUCUUCUACAACAAAUGAGGAAAAGGAUCUGAAUUCAGAAGAUCAAAAAGCCUCCAAUGUUGAACAUAUAAGCUGCAGUGAGGAAGAAAAUUUUGCAAAUGUGAAAAAGAAGACCAAAAUAGACAUUCAUCAUAAAAAUAGUCCCUCAAAAUUCACUGUUUCAGUUAGCAGAAAUCCUAUAGAAUCUCCUGUUAGUGAAAUCAUCUCUAAUUCAGCUUCAUUUAAAGAUGAGAAAAUCAUAGAGACUGAUAGUGAGCCCGAAGAAGGUGAAAUCACAGACUCUCAGACCGAGGAUAGUUAUGACGAAGACAUUACUAGUGAAGACGAUAUAACUGCAGAAAAUAGUGAGGAUGAAGACGAAGAAAAAAUUUGGCCCCCAUGUAUUAGAGUAAUUGUUAUUAGAUCACCAGUGUUGCAGACAGGAUCACUUUUUAUCAUUACAGCUGUAAAUCCUGCUACAAUUGGAAGAGAAAAAGAUAUGGAACAUACUCUCCGAAUCCCUGAAGUUGGUGUCAGUAAGUUUCAUGCAGAAAUUUAUUUUGACCAUCACUUACAAAGUUACGUCCUCGUGGAUCAAGGCAGUCAAAAUGGCACAAUUGUUAAUGGAAAACAGAUUCUUCAGCCAAAAACUAAAUGUGACCCUUAUGUACUUGAGCAUGGAGAUGAAGUGAAAAUUGGAGAGACUGUGUUAUCCUUUCACAUUCACCCUGGCGGUGAUACCUGUGAUGGCUGUGAACCAGGGCAAGUUAGAGCUCACCUUCGUCUUGAUAAGAAAGAUGAAUCUUUUGUUGGUCCAACACUAAGUAAGGAGGAAAAAGAGCUAGAAAGAAGAAAAGAAUUAAAGAAAAUACGAGUGAAAUAUGGCUUACAGAAUACAGACUACGAAGAUGAAAAGACACUGAAGAAUCCAAAAUAUAAAGAUAGAGCUGGAAAACGUAGAGAGCAGAUUGGAAGUGAAGGAACUUUCCAAAGAGAUGAUGCUCCUGCAUCUGUCCAUUCUGAAAUUACUGAUAGCAACAAAGGUCGGAAGAUGUUGGAGAAGAUGGGUUGGAAAAAAGGAGAGGGCCUGGGGAAGGAUGGUGGAGGAAUGAGAACUCCGAUCCAGCUCCAGCUUCGGCGAACACAUGCUGGCUUGGGGACAGGCAAACCAUCCUCAAUUGAAGAUGUUCACCUUCUCCAAAACAAGAGCAAAAAAAACUGGGACAAAGCACGAGAAAGGUUUGCUGAAAACUUCCCAGAAACUAAACCUCAAAAAGAUGCACCAGGGAGCAUGCCUUGGGUAAAAGGGACUGUAGAGUGAAGGUCAAUCAUAGAACAAAAUUCAAGCUUUUUUUUAAAAAGAGUUUGGAAACUCUUAUUUUAUUGCAGAACUUUUCUCCCUAAAAGAGUCAGUGGCACAAGAGAACUAUGCCACAAUUUACCCCCUCAUGAUUCAGAAAUGGGUAAUAAAGUGUGAUUUGCAGCUUUUAAAAACCAUUUUUUUAAACUAAUAAAUAGUAACUGAAUCAAGCUAUGCAGUGAGUGGACUAAAGUUCAUAGGGCACAGAUGAGCUUAUCAAACUUUGUUAUUUUAUCUUGUCAUUUACAACACCCAUAUAAGCAACAAGCUAUGUAAGCAAAAUUCACGUGACCACUAAUAGUUUAAAUGUACAUUUGUCCUUAUACUUUUGUCCUUGUCUCCAUAUAUUCAUCAUUGUAAGGUGCACAGCAAGAGAAACAUCAGAAGUUUAUGAAAACAAUUCUGACAAUAUGCAUCUUUGUUUACAUCCUUUAGAAUCUAGAUAAAAAAUGUUGAGAAAACAUGGGUAGUGCAUAAAAUUUAUUAUCCUUGAAAUAGUCUAAUUAUUGUUGAAGAAUUAAUGAACAGGUGACAUAUUGUAGAAAAUUAGUCUUUUAUUUUCUUCUGUGAAGAAUCUGUUGAUUUGUAUUAUGUAUUCAGCAUUUAUGUUUGGUUUGUUUCAUAGCUGAUGAGAGAGUUACAUAUGAACAGCUGAGUAUGGUAUUGAAGUAUUCAGUGUGCUGGCAUUUGUAGUUUUGAUAAAUACCAUUGCAGGCAAUGGAGUUGUGCCAGAGAAAUCUGAUUUCUAGUACAGAAAGAUUACCUAGCCAAGGCCUCAAACUCAAGAUAUUUAUUGAAAAUGUCCUCAAAUGCAAUAAAAACAUUAUAUAACAUUAAAAAGAGUGACUCAUUGAACCAGUGAUUUAAACAUAUUGAUCUGCUUUGAAUUUGCAACCAGCCAGAAUUUUCCUCUGUAAAUUAGCAGAGUGAUAACAAAAGGAUAGUCUCACGUAUUGAAGAGCUGCAGUGCAACUUUCUGGGUGCAGGUGUCACUGCUCUGCCAGCUAUUCUUUUCCUUUCUGUUCAACUUUUCCCUCAGCUUUUUGCUAAGAAAUUAAUGCUAGAACCGACCCUUUUCUGGCAGUGAAUAUAAGCUAUAGUUCCCCAUAUACUGUGAAAAAAUGUCUUCAAGAUUUAGAAAUAAGUAAGGGAAAAUUCUGAAAAAAAAAAAAAAAAAUUACAUAGUAACUGCCAGUUUAAAUGGUGCAGGGUACUUAAGGAGAAAGUGGAAUGGAGAAAGAGAAAUAAAUUAUGACUAAAGAUGAGAGAUAUGACCAAAUUGUCAUGUCCGUAUAGACUUAAGCUGGGAUAAUCAGGCCCUAUAACUCCAAAUUUGGAUAAAGUAUUUUUGUAUAUCCUUCCUGGCCACGUGCACAGUUGAACACACGUACGUGUACAUUAGACAAGGAGGUCUAAAUGUGGUCCUGGUGCUCAUGCUCUGUAUAUAGGUAACAAUAUAGGACCCCCCAAAAAGAUUUUGCUUCUGUUGGAUAUCAUACAUUGGGUCAGUGUACAACUGUCUAUAAUAUUUUUUAAUUAUGUGGGAGAAAAACUUUUUAUAGUUUGCUUUUGUUAAGAAAAUGGAAAUCUUGAAAAUGGUAAUAAAAAUUGAAAUAUGUGUGAUAUUUGCAUUAUUAAAUACCUUUGCAGAUCUGAAGUCUCAGGGCUAUACUAUAGUGGUUAAAGUACUAAAUAUGUGGGCCUAUUUCCUUCUGUAAAAUAAGAAUAUUUAUCUCACAUGUUUGUCUUGAGUAUAGAAAAUGUAUAUACAAUUACUUUGUAAACUAUAAAAGUAGUGCAAAUGUGAGGUUCUAUUUGUUUAGAAGCAUAAAUGAAUUAUGUACAAUUUGGA